AUGCCCAAUCCGGAGACGUCAGUUGGCAAAAUCUGGCAAAUUUCCAAGCAAAGCGCAAAGCGUUCGGCAGAAAAUACUGAUUCAUCAACGACAUUAGAGGGCGGCGUUGCCGCAAAGCAACCUCGUUUGGAAUCUAAUGAUGCAAAAACGUUUCCCAAGAAAAUUGGAGGGCCACAGUCUGGUUCGAAGAAUGUGUCAUCUAGGAGGAGAACUCUUGCUCCACAAAGGCGAGGUUCAAACACCAGUCACUUUCGCAGUGGCCCAGGAGCUUUCUUUGGUGGCAGAUCGGACGGUAGAGACCGCUUCCGUCCGAGGGUGCGACCUUUCCACGAUGCACCUAUCAGAGAAAUCCCACCUCUUUUUCCUCCAAGAAAUGGUCCUUCCAAGGUAUCUCCGUGGUCUAGACCUCCUUUCCAAGAGGAUAUGCAUAAGUUAGAACAAGUGAUGCGAAGAGCUGCACAUGAUAAUUCGUCGUCUUUUGAAGCAGCAAGACAAGUUGAGAGACUCGGACUUGGACCUGCAAUGGGAGCUAUGCUGAAUUCUGAUAUGCCCAUGAACUCAUACAACGAUGUUGCUGCUCGUCAAAUGCCUUCUUUGGUUGAUCAAGCUUUCACCCGACAUCAUGAAGAACCGUUUGGUGGCCCUCGUUAUGGUGAGGAACCGUUCGGAGUUGGUCGCUAUGCAGGAGGCAGGGAUGCACCAAUCAGAGAUAUUAGUGGUUUUGUUGAGCCGCUCAACGAUUUCGGUGACAGUCCGCGCAAAUCUGGCUACCCGUCAUCUUCUCAUGUAGAGCGCAUCACAUAUCCAAAGAUUGGCGCUGGUCCAGCGUUUGCACAGUCGUAUUCAAACUUUGCUGAAGACUCCUUCAGACAGAGAAUGGACUAUGGAAGUGGAGUGAGGCCUCGUAGCGUCAGCCCGUAUGGAAGAACGUUCUAUAGAUAA